AUGCAGUCAUAUGAAGGUUCCUCGGAGAAAUGGAGCUACCACAACAGCUUUGGCCAGUCCUUCACGGGAGAGGGCACGCGGGGUGCAGAGGGCGUAAUCAUCUCUAGCCUGAUGGGUACCUUGGUGCGUCGCUUCGUGCGGUGCCGCCGCGAGUUGGCCACUCAGGAGAAUAUCAGCCUCUUCACGGAGGUGCGCCAUCUCCUCACCUACCUUAAGUCCGUCCACGGUAACACUUUUAGACGGGCUCUACUCUGCGCCCUCCUCUGUCCUAUGCGAACCGUCUUAAUGAGAAAUAAACCCUCUGCAUCGCUGCCAAGACCGCGAAUGCUCUCUGCGAGGAAUUCGCUGUGGCCCACAUUCGCCCCCAAGAGACCCUCAAUGAUUAUACCACCAACCGAUUUUAUUGAUGUGGGCGAUUGUUCUUCGGCUCUGCAGAACAAGCGAUCACAUGGUCAGAAUUUGAAGUCAGUCGAGACAAAAUUCUGCAAACCUGUGAUUGAAAGGCGACUUGUCGACCUCCCAGCAUUGAAGGAAAAUCUGCGUGAUUUCGCCUUUCUUCUUGAGUGUUUGGAACCUGGAACUCUACCAGAACCGCAACUAGUCGCCUCUUUUCUCGAUUUGAACGCACCGGUGUUGGCCAGAGCCUGUCUACUCUUAGAGUGUGCCUUUUUCGUACAUCGCUGCAACCGCGGCGAGUGGCCAGCAUGGAUGAAGAUCAACCUACCACUGCCAAUACAGCAAGCCGAGCAUCUGACCCAAUCCACCACCUCCUCGCAGCGCAUCGCUAUUUCAAUUUCCGGGCCUGCCAGCGCUGGCGCUGACUCCAUCGACCUGCACAGCUCUGCGUUUUGCACCACCUCACAAAUUCAGUGGUCGGCCGGUCGCCUGUUCCACAGCUGGGCUGAGGCUCUAGGAAUUCGCAUCAUGGCAUUUCUAGAGGGGAAUUCUUCAGCGGAAAUCUAUCUCAAUCGCGAUUUUCAGAGCGACGAAAACUUCCUCGAUGAUGCCACGGUUAAUCCGAAUGGCGAUAGUUGUCCCUACGCGUUGCUUGUGAUGGCGGUGCAGUUGUUGAACGAGAUAACUACCUUCCUGCGUGAGUCGCACCAGCAUGCCACCCGUGCACAGGUGGCGGCCUCCUCCUCCGCCUCCUCCUCAGCGGCUGUGCGUACAGUGGAGCACUCAAGCCAGUGGGACGGCAGCAGCGGUGCAAACGGUCGCCGCAACCUCGCUGGGGCUUCUAAUGCCCCUCCACUCGGCGCCCUAAAAUCCACCCGACGCCGUCUCAGCAUCCUUAUGCCCAUUUUUGCGCAAUCCGAGGUUAAGGAUAAGCACAACCCUGUGUAUAUUGAACUCUCUAACGUUCGCGGUGAAGACGAUGACACUAACUCGAGGUUCACCGAAGAAUAUGCACGCAAACCAGUCUCGAAAAGCUUGACCCGAAAACGCCAGCGCUCUGGGAGUUUCCGACAGUCCUUCCAACUCUCCUCUCUUAUGGGCAAUCCCCGGUCAGCGAAAACGGAAGGUGGCCUGCGUCGCAUGUCAUCGCGUGCCAGCACCUCUGGAGGCGAAGGCGUGGCGGGCGACUCCAGCUUAGACGAUGGAACGAGCGGAGCCUACGGGAGCCAUGCAAGUCGUCACGCGCUACCACCUUCGUCGUCUACCUCUGCCAGCCUCCGUCCCGAGGCGCCUUCAGCUGCCAACGCUUGGGGACGGCGCUCCGAAAGCGGCGAGGCCCUUGUCUGCCCAGAGCAUAACGCCGAACUUGAGUUCAGCAAACGCUCGCCCCGCCGGGACCGACGCCGCACUUCCCUCGGUGCAGUGCGUGAUCCCUCUCGCUCGUCGUCUUCGCGUGCACAAAACCAAACACAUGUGGCUGACUUCUACUCAUCUAAUAUGCCAUGGAUACCAGCUGUUAUUGCCUUCGCGAAAAGGACAACUUUUGGCUGCAAACAUCAGCCCAAGUGCGAGGCUAACUGCUUUGAUCGCCAGCAACAACAGUUGCGGUCACUUCUUCAAGCCAUCCGCCAGGUCUAUUCGGCCACUACCGAGUCUAGUUUCAUCCGGUCUGUGGACGACCUGCCGGAGGGUCGACGAGUCCGCGGAACAGUGAGCGACACAAUCUCCACCUCGGAUGCACGCUCUGGGAAUGGCGGCGGCAGCACAUCUUGUCAGUGCAUCCCCGACCCCUUCAGUGGUGCUGGUGGUGCUGGCAAUGAGGAAGAGGAGUCUGGCUACUCAGACGAAGUCAACGACUCCGAUCAGGAAAUCACGGGGACCGGUGGGUUAGAGGACCUCCUUCGACUCGCUCUCAAUCCUGCUCCUCUCCUACGUGGAGCUGGUCCAGCCUCUAUGAGCGCUUUCGGUGUUGGAGGUGGUGAUCCCGAGUUAGAGACCUCUGCAUCUAUUUUGCAUCGCGUUUUUGGUGGACGGGGUCAUCAGGAUAAAAGAAAUACUUUCUUUACCAGAAAUGCUAAAAGAAAGAACCUUCAAGCAAAAACAACUGACGCACGGAUUGAUACUAAACGUUUGUGGUUGACCGCCUAUAAGGCACUACAUAACGCACAUUAUAAGGUCUCUGAAACAAAGGAAUCCUCGGCGUUUACAUCAGGCUGGCGAGAGGCUACCACACCCAUAUUUGACCGGUUUCGACGCAAGGGCACCCCAAAACGCGGCUCCGGAGCGUUUAUCUCUGACGACGGUGGCACCGGCGGUUUUUGCGGUCCCGGAGGGCUCUCGAGCCUCAUGAAUCUCAGUCUCCUAGCCGGCGCAGGCACGGGCCUCGCCGCGGCAAACUCCUCGCCUUCCCUAGUGCGGUUGCUGGAAGCGGUGAAGAGUGGUUUAGCUAGUGGGACCAUGCUCUCCGUCGAGGGCGACGACGGUCAGUCGGAGGCGGCCGAGUUCGGCAAAACCAAAGUCCGACCUCUGGCUCAUCAGACCGAUUCACCCGAGCUUAUGUAUCUGGAUACUCAGGUCCAAUCGUUGCGCAGCAGUUUCUUCAACCUUCUCAAUAAGGGAGCACUUUUGCUCUCGUCAGAACAAUUGGAAGAAGUGGUUCCACUUGCCUGGGAGCUACUACUAGAAGCCGAUCCUGAACUGAUCAGUAGUGCGGCGUCUCUAAUUCUUUUUGCCGCUGUAAAAUGUUCCGCCUUCGUCCAAAAGCUUCUCUAUACAGAACUUCAACACGCGGAAUUAAAUAAUCGCCUAAACGCCGUUCUAAGUUCUAUCGUUGCAAAGCCCACCUACAGGUUCCGAGCACUGUGGACGGCGCGGCAGCAGGUUUGGUCUCGUCUGGAGGAGGGUGCGAGUCAGUGCCUGAAGGUACCACCACCACUGAUCGAGUAUGUGCUGCCCUCCCCCACCCUCGGCAACCCCUCCAUUCAAGUCCCCGAUCCCGCCUGGGAGACCCGCAAGGGCACCUUGGCAGAAGAGGUGCAACUAAAGCAAAACGAGGCCACUAAAACAUUUGUGACGGCCUCGACAAGUCGAAGGAAACAACAGCAGGAGUUGUUGGCGCGCGCGGUGACAGCGGCAAAGUUGGCAAGGGACGAGGCACGCAGCCUUUUUCACAUUACCACAUCCUCCAUCCUCGAGUUGGCCGCUACCGAGGCCGUCUUCUCCAAAGACCACCGUGGCGACGAGGCGGGUGGUGGCGAAGAUGGCAACAUCGGGAUGGCAAAUUCGGUGGUGCAGGAGGAGUUCAACCUAGCGGCGAGGAAAGUCAGUUUCGCACCGAUGAAUCGAAGUCUUAACUUGCAAGCGCGAAGUUUUUCUUGGCGAAAUGGAUCAUUCCCAUUGUUUCGAGACAAUGUUACCCUCGCCGAUGAUGACGAGGCAGGAAUCAGUAACACCUCAAUGCUUUUGACCCAUCAGUUGAAAAUGGCACAGACCUUCUUCCCCUCCUGCAUAUGUGCUGCCACUCUGCCUCUCACAAAUCUCAUGGAUGACUGCGCGGUAAACAACGAGGGCAUAGCAGUGAGCACCGUAGCCGAGACAGUUAUUUGGCAAUGUCUUUUGGAAGACACAAGCCUCUUUUUGCGGUAUAUCUUCGAGAAACUCACAAGGGUUCCCCAUAAGGAUGACCUUAUCUCGGUUAUUCGAAAACUCGUCCAACGUCUUCCUGAACUUCCAAUGCAAACGGCCCACAUUCUCUUCAACAACUUGGUUGGUUGCAUAAUGUUUCACGUUCGGACCCCGAGUUUCGAUGCUCCAGAUUCCAUAGCCAGUAUUCUCUGUGUGUUGCAUAUGAUCAUCCCAUAUGUCAAGAAUAUCUACUUCAAGGACCUGAAGCAAACGUUUCGUCGCGAGCAAAUUGACUCAACUCUUCUGGUGACGGCUAACUUACCAUGCGCAAAACAAUUUAAUGUUUUCUGUGACACCAUUUGUGUGGCUCAGCUGGUGAAACUGCAAGACGAUAACAAAGACUACCGAUUCAACGACAUUCUGACUGAGGCACUCGAGGGUAAUGGUAUGCCCCACAGUGAAUAUCACCUCCAUGUGCUUUGUGAUGAUCGUUCAAACAUCAUACGAAACUCCAAUCACUAUGUGCGUGACUUCUAUCCCUUCAAGAGGAACCACAUCCCGAAGCUGAAGCUGAUGCGUGUGGAUCGGGAAACAGGGCAGCAAUUGCUACAGCGCAAUGCAUUUAGUUUGAAGGUUCAGGAAGUGGGCAAAUUGCUGCUGGUAAAGACUAUUCUCCAAACCACUGCAGCAUCACAUAUGUCGAACCACAUCCUCUUUCUACGAGAAGAACUGGCCAAACUGCCAUCUUUCCCACGCAAGGCUCUUGAAGCCGAAUUCACGCUCUACGAGUGUGGGGACAUGGGCAAGGCUCUGUUCGCGAUGGACUCCAUGCACAAGUUAACCUGGUGCCAACUGAUAAACUCCAUGUUUCAAAAAAUGACAUCUACCUUCCCUUGGUCUACCGAUUUGCAGCUUUUCCUCAACGUCUACAAUGGCACCCUUGUUUUACAUGCCGAAGACACCACCAUCCUUCGUCAGUGCCUGGCCUUUUAUCUGCAGAUGUUCGGCAGCAUCGCCAAUUACAUUGACCUCUCGCCCGAUGAUGCUAUUCAGUCCAACUUUUAUCGAAUUCAACCAGAGACCCUUUAUCAACUUUUGCGCGCUAUUGGAAGGGAGAUACCAGACACACUGGGAAUACUACAACUGUGCAGCUUCUCGAAACCCUUGAAAGCCCUGGAUUUCUGCUAUGCGGAUGACUCACAAAGCUGGUCAAUAUUCGAAACAGUAAAUCUGUGCGUCACCGUGCAGGUCUAUGCCCCAGAGUCCUAUCGAUCGCGGCAAAUGAUGGUUAUUCUGCAAGCAAUGUUUCCCUACAUUUUACGCGAUUUACCAAUCAUUUGUGGUGAGGAAUGCACAGGAGCGGAUUCAAGAAAAUUCGAAUUGCAGGUCAUUCAGCAGCUGUCAGUCAUGGUAAAGCAACUCAUAUACACAACAGAAUGGAUGACAAGACGAUCAGACGACACGAAAUCGGUGGUGUCCUCAACCGUCAGUAGCAGUUCCAUACCGGGAGGACCGCGUGGACUGGGGGGAGCCUCAGUUAAGCGUCUUGCUACAUCGGACCAGCCUGCGAAGAUGCCGGAGUGGGCUUCUGCCAUCUCGGGCAACUAUUCGCAUUACCACCACCACCAGCACCAUUCACUGAUGCAGCAGCAUUUGCAACGAAGCCUUACGCGCUCUGGCUCACCAUCUACCGGUGCCGUUGGGAGUAGGGAUCGCCGUCCGCCCUCAUCCGAGUCGUCCAACAAGCGGUCGGCGCAUCGCCAGCUAUACAGUGGAGACUCCUUCAAAGGAGCCUCGGGAGCCUUAAAGCGUAGUGCGUCGGCUGUGAUGGGCGCUAGCGGAGGUGGUGGUGGUAGUGGUAGCGGCGGAGGAGGUGGUGAUAGCGGACAUCACAUUGGCACUCCUGCAGGCUGGCGCAAAUCGAGCAUCGAACCGCGGGAGGCGAUUCUGCAGAUAGCCUCGGAGUUCUUGACCGUCGCUCACCGACGUCUCGGAGAGCUGGGGGAGAGACAAAAGUCGUCGGAGUUGUUAGAUGGAAAGGCUUUCAUGCGUCUUUCCGAAUUGGCGCAGUCCAUCGUGAAGCAGUUUCCCCACAACGUGAAUCUCUUGAAAAGUCGACCGCUUCAACGAUUCUUCCUGGAAAUUCUGCCACUCGCUGACUGGAGUCACGAAUCCCUACGUGGGUGCAAGGCUCUUGAAACUCUUGUCGGUCGAUUGAACCGAACUCUUCCUAAGCUGCUAGAGACAGCUUCAUUUCGUAGACAAAUCAGUUGGGAGCAUCUCACAAAUUUGAUACGAGCACUUUAUCGGACCGUUCAGAGGAAUAGAGCAGUCGCUCACUUGAAGGAAAUAAAGCUGUUCAACGACUACCUGAAACGAAGUCUAGUCGUCGGACCGAACGCCUGGUGGUCAUCUGAGCGUUUGUUUACCACCACACCUCAGGCCACCAUCACGAUGGUGACGGCACAACAUCUGGGUCGCCGCGCCACCAUGGGUACCACAACUGCCGGCGGGGAGCGGUCUGUGACCUAUACGCCGGGAGUCACCUUCCACCCUGAGUUGAUUACUUCCACCGCGGAGAGACGUGCGCCUCCGAGAGUUUCACGGAGUCCCACAUCAACAGGUAGUACAUUGACCUCGUCAUUGGCUAAGGGCACCGCUUCCUCCACUUCCUCCGGUGAGCGGGUUUCGACGACAACGGCGACAGGGGGAGCGGUUGAGACUAGCUGCCUCCCCACCGGCUUCGCGUCCGAGGCCACGCGUUUCAUCGCCCUCAUGCUCAGUUGCCUUGAGUCUUCAUACCGUCUCAAGGACCUAUGUGAGAGGGCCAAUUUCGAAUUUUGCCGCUGUCCAACAAUAUUUGAGGGUGGCACAGAGAAUCUUUCCAACUAUUUGGCCUACCUGAUUGUUCCAUUAUUAUUGCACUGCAGUACUGGUCGUGGAGUUUUCAUAGUCUCCCCAUCUCUAAAGUUGGCAGUCACUUUACUCAUAGACUACCCAAGCCUCUCCAAGGAGAACGUUUACUACGCCCUUGAGGUAUGCCUCUCAGGUCUGUUCGUCGGCUCUGAGAAAUGCACCUCAACAGGUGGAGUGGCCUCAACUGCUGGUACAGAGACUGUGGGCGUGGGUUCAAGUAGACCCUCUGGCGCUGCCUCCGACCACAUGGCGUUCGAAGGACCCAGGAAGCUGGGUAUCCACUCCUCCUUCAUGCUGACCAAUUCCAAAUCAAACCAGCCUAUGGGUGCUAUGGGAGAAGGCUGCGGUCCCGGUGGAGGCAGUGGCAGUGGUGGCGGAGGUGGCAUCAAGUCGUCCUUGGGCCAAAGCAUGUCGGGUACGGUAGGGGUGACGGGUCUCCUACAGCUCCCAAAUCUUCUCGGGGGUCCGCCAGUCACCGGGUCCACCUGGGAGUUGAUCAGACCUUCGGGACUUGCCUGCGAUCUUGGCGGGGGUCGGGUACAUGGCUGUGUCGUGAAUUUAGUUGGUCCGACGUUGCACAGCAUGAGACAUCCCAAGGCGGAGGAGAUACCUGGCGCCUCUGCUGUCGGAGCGAUGACUGCUGCCACCAGUACUGCUUUUCCAGGCAAUUCAGUUAAAGUUAGCCAUGCUAACCCUUCGAUACUCUCCAACCAUGAGAAAAAUGUCCAGUCGCAAAUAGAUGUCGUUCACAAACUUGCCUUUUUGGGGCUCAAACUCAUCCUGAUUGUCUAUCCGCGUCACGCACUCGCCAAGUCACGCCACAUAAUCGCCAUUCUGGCCAAGCUGGCCUUCUAUCAAUGCUGUGGGGUGCAGCUGUGGAAGUUUCUCGACUUCGUGGUCACCUACAGGCCAAGCAUCUUCAUGCAUAUGGCACCCUUCUUCCGGUUUCAGAUGCUCAACCUAAUGCGACAGAAGCACCAGCUAUUUUUGAGUCCACGCCAGAUGCCCGACAGCUCAAUGCUUGCACCCUCAGCUGCCAGCGAUUCUGGUAACUCGGUGGCUAGUGCACCCCUUCCAGGCAUCCUUCGGCAUUCCUCAGAGAAGCAUUUUUGUAUUCUGGAGGGUGGUCAAGCGCGUCCGUUUUCCCAAAUCGAAUUCCGGCAAUCGCUCCUGCGUCGAACCUCGGGAAAACGUAUUGCCGCGCAUGACGGCAGUCGGUUCCUGAGUCAUCACCGCACACUUUCACAACGAAAACCCAUCCUCACUGCGUCCGUUGAAAGUUUGCCAAGACAAAGUGGUCCUCCAGGUGGUCUGGAUAAACGUCAUAGAAGCAACGGGAAGACUAGGGGCGAAUUAAGGCGUGCGAUGACGAACGCAGAAGGCGGAGAGAAGAGAUCUGAACGCUACCUCUUCGGCCUUGCCAAUAACACUCCGUCGCCACAAGACGACGGCACCGAGGACAUCAAUGAUGGUGUGGGUAUGGACGAGCUCAACGCCCCCGCCAACCCCUUAAUUGCAGCUGCCGUGGCAACCUCCCUCUACGGCUCGGCCGCGCCCUACACUCACGUGCGUGAGAAGGCGCGAGAGGAGCUGCCGGAUUUGAUUGGAGUGGCAGAUCCUUUGGAGCCUUAUAAGCAGAGUCGACCGCAACUGAGGUCGAGCAAACCCACGGACAACAUUCCAUUGGUUGAUCUUCACGCCCUUUCAUCUACCUCAAUCCCUCCACUCACACCAUUGUCUCCGCCGCAUCUUCAGGAUCCCGCAGUUAUUUCAACGUUUGACUCGCAGCUUCCUGCUGCCCCUCAGAUGACGUGGAGCCACGUGGACACCCCCACGAAGAUUCACUACGUUUAG